AUGGUCGCUACUGAACUGGCGCCGUCUACGAUGAGUCUUGUGCCGUUUGCAAUGGACGUUCUGGCGGCGAAGGUGGCGUGGCUUGAGCUGAACUUUCCCACCACGGUGGUGACAGAGCACGCCCAAUGGACGGGUGAGCGUUACUGGGCCAACGGAAUUCAAGUCGUCCCUCAGGACCCUGUGCAAUUCCAUUUACGGUUACAGUCUAUCAUGGUCACUGACAAAGAGCUCGUGGUAUUGGAAAACUGCUUCCUCUUUAACCACCUUUUGUACAGCAUGAUAUACGCUUUGAGACCGCAGCAAUUGAAACUUUACUACGCGGAUAACUUUUCGAUGAUUUGUGUGUCCGUCACCCAAGAUUGGUUUGCCUGCUUCUCCUUGCACAUUGGGGAUAUGAAGCCUCCCUCGUUCGCCGUGCUCUGCUUCGGCGAGGCCUUCGAAUGCCCAUGUUUCCCGUGUCGCUUUGAACAUUAUCCCGACACUUCCUUCCUGAUGUACUGGCCCCGGCGGUGA